GUACCCAGAACUGCCUCCUAUCAUUGCCCCCCAUCAGUGCCCCCCAUCAGUGCUUGCCCAGCAGUGUCACCUAUCAGUGCCCAUCAGUGCCAACCAGCAGUGCCGCCAGUCAGUGCUGUCAGUCAGCGCCGCCCGGCAGUGUCGCCAUCAGUGCCCAUCAGUGCCACCUAUCUGUGCUCAUCAGUGCCACCUAUCAGUGACCAUCUUUGCUGCAUAUCAGUGCAGCAUCAUCAGUGCCUCCUCAUCAAUGCCCAUCAGUGCCGCCUCAUCAGUUCCACCUCAUCAAUGCAGCCUAUCAGUGCUCAUCAG